AUGGAAACUACAGAGAUUGUUGCUGAGAUGAACGUGGGGGGAUUUGUGAAAAGGAAUCUGGAGGUUGUUGAGUCCAGUCAGAAGUAUGGAGGUGUUGUUGAGAGGGAUGAGGAGCAGAUGGGCAAGAGACGCGUGAGAAAUGGGAAGGAACGGAGAAAAACGAACAGCAGUGACGUCACGCGCGGCGCUAUAACAGGAGGAACCCUCGCCUUUGUCACCCUGCUGCUGAUGUCAGUCACGUCGACAUUAGCGCAGGCAUCACCUGCACCAGCACCGCCUUCCCCUGCAACACCCCUCAAGUCCUUAUCAUCAGCAGCAGCACCGCACUUCCUUGUCUCAUCACCAGCACCACCACCACCCACCCCUGCAUCUUCAACAGCAGCAGCAGCAGAAGCAGCAGCAGAAGCAGAAGCGAUAGCAGACUCUUCCGCUGCAGCUCACAUUUCGUCAGUCCCAAUUGGUGCGGGCAGUGGUCCUGAUGCUGCUGUUGGUGAUGCUGUGAGAAGCGAUGUCAUGACAAGUGGUGCCACCCUUCUUGCUGCCAACCAGUCAGACACCAUCCCCGACCCGAUAAUCCGCCCGCCCCCGACCGGCCCCUUCUCGCUCUCCCCCCUGCCGCCUCCCAUCCGCGGACCCAUCGUCCCCGCACCCCCCGCCCCGUGCUUCGGGGUCACGGUGGCCUAUGUGAUAGAGAGUAUCAUCAACAUCCCGUCUGUGUGGAAUGGGAGUGUGAAGCCGUAUGGGUUCAAAUCCAAGAUCGAGCUACUCAACACUGGCAAGAGGGACCUGGUGGGAUGGGAGGUGAGGGUGGAGUUCACUCGUAACGAGCUCAUCACGCUGCUGGGGAACACUCAAGUGGAGUUUGAGCUGCCAUACCCUGGUUCCGCGCUCCUAUUCUCCAGCAUUGAUGAUCAGAGCGACCGCCUCAUCACGGCAAUCCACGCGGGCGGCGACGUUCGGCAGUAUGUGGUGUUUGCGGAGGUGUUUGGCACGGAGUUUGGGGCGGCGACUGCUGGCAAGGCGCUCCCGCGCACACUGUACCUCACGACACCAGGCUUCCACUGUGCAUCCAACCGCCCUCAGUUCCCGUCUCCCAACAGGAUUCAGGUCUGCUGCAAAGAAACCGCCUAUCCGCCUCCCCCUCCUCCUCGCCCCCCUGCCCGCCUUCCCCCAGUCAUCCCAGCUUUAACGGUCCAGAUCGACGUGACAGCAGCGAGCGAUCUGGACCAUCAGAUGCUCGUCACGAUCCGCAAUCUGCAGGCGGACAGGCGUGUUGGGCCCCCAAGACACGAGCCGUGGGCGCUCAGCUGGCGAUGGACUCAGAAUGAGAUUGUAUGGGAGGCAUCUGGGGCACAGGCGACCCAACAAGGCAACUGCCAGCAGCAGUCCGCCUCCUCCGCAGUCUACGGGGCAGCCAUCGCCACCGCCCACUCGUGCUCGCCCCGGCCCACCUUUGUGGAUCUGCCUAGCGGGGCGUAUGGCAGUGAGAGUGGGCGGGACCUGGGGGCCACCCUGGGAGUGCGCCUCUCCUGCUGCAAGAACGGGUCCAUCGGGUUGCGCUCGUUUCCAUAUGGCGACCCUGCGCUUGCCCAGUACCAGGGCAACACCUCCUUGGCUCAGUUCCGCCUCCGCAUAGGCCGCACACGCCAGUUCAAAGCCAUUCCCUCCAUCGCUCCGCCGCGCAACCUCUCCCUCGGCCUCCCUGGAAUAGUCUGCUCUGCUGGUGUUCGCAUCGACUCCACCCAGUUCCCAGUCAACCCCUCUCGCAACCUAUCAGCGGUCGCCACGUGGCGCUACGCCUGCUACCGCGACCCUUCCUCCCCGCCUCCUCGCCCCGCCUGCUGCGUGUCUUUCUCAGCCGCUUUCAACAACACCGGCUCCCCUCAGGGCGCCUGGGGUAGCAUCUUUGGCCGCAGCAGCAGCACCGGCAGUGGCAGCGGACAGUUCUAUGUGUCUCCCUGCAAAAGCUGCGCCUGUGGAUGCCCAGGGGAGGCUGUUUCUUCGUCUUCCUCCUCCUCUUCCCCCUCCUCCUCCUCCUCCGCCUCUUCCGCUUCCCUGUCCUCGGUUUCUCCUCCUACCUCUUCGUUCUCCCCCCCAUCGCUUUCGAGUAUCCUCCUCGUUGUUCCGUCUGCUGGGAAUGGGACGGCUACUAACAGUAGCAGCUAUCGCAAUGUGGGGCUCCGUGAUUGGCCGAUGUGUUCUGCUCCUGAUACGUUGUUUGAUACGAUCGGUGGCAGGGGCGAUGUGGUCCCUUCCAAGAAGCUUCCCAGCUGGUAUGGCAAGGACAGGGAUUUUAUUUCUGCCCGGUGCCGCGACAGCUGCCCGAUCCACCUGCACUGGCACGUGGUGGCAGUGUAUGAGGACGGAUUCGUUGCCAAGCUGAGCAUCAUCAACCGGGGCAACAACAGUGUGUCUGACUGGGUAGCACUCAUCGCCCUCCCUUCCAUCGCCAACACCUCUACCAUCUACUCAUUCGGAUACGCCAAUGUGUCUGCCACGUCCCGCAUGCUCUACGGCUUCACAGGCAGCAACAGCUGGCUGGAGGGAACACCGUCUCCCUUCAAGGGGAAGAGCUUUGGCAACGUGCAGAGCAUUUUCAAG